AUGUGGGACCUCGGCGAUGAACUAUUACAGCAAGCUCCGGCGAAUGACCUCGAGGAUGUUUCCACACCUUGUACCGGUAAUGCCAUGUCUCUCUCAUCUAAAGGACAUUAUAUUGACAAGGCAUGGGGCAAGGACCGAUACCGAGAGCUCAUGAGAGUCGCCCGACAGUGGAGGCAGUUGAAGACGAUGAAAUGGCAUGGCUUCGGCCAUUGUUCCGACAGCCCGAAUGCAGGAGAUCUCGCAUUAUUUUGCCCGGCAUGUCCUCAGCCUGGGAUUAAUGUGUCCUUCUCAGGGGAUGAAUCACUUGAUGAGUGGAAAUACACCCGGUCAUUUGUUAUGGAUGGAAAUUUCAAAGCUGAACACCUGCAUCCCAUGAAGCCAUUUGAUGAAGUUGGCUGUCAGAUGGGUUGGGAUUCAUGGUGGGAAAGGACAGUAAAUCAAGCAAAUGCGGCUCGGCACAAGCUGGAAUCCACGGGUAUCGGGGGAAUUUUCAGAAAGGCGAAAGGCAAGCCGACCCAGCCAUUCGAUAUUCACGAGUUAACCAUGCAUCAUUCGCAGACAAAUGAACAUGGACUAUGCCCCUUUGUGAGGCUGCCCGGCACAACAUGGAAGGCAUCACCAGGGCGGUCACCUUCUAUGAUAUCAACUGUCAAUACAAACAAGCACUUUCGGGUUCGGGUGGAUCGAAGCCGAUUUCUCGAAAUGGUUCCGGAAUUGACCAUCAUUCCCGGAAUCGGGUUGUGGCACAUCCACGGACAUCAGGACAGCUGCUAUGUCCGAUAUGCGUCGAAUUUUAUCGAAGGCAUCGGUCGGAUUGAUGGAGAGAUCAUGGAGACCCUAUGGCGAAGAAUGGCAUUGCCGAAAGUGAAAAGGCUUUCGACAUACUCAAUGAAGCAGCACCCUGGCGAUUCAAAGACAGAGUGGCUAGCCAGCGAGAGGAUCGCUCAGUCCAGCAGAAUAAAUAAUCCUGCGGCUAUGGAUGUAUAUGAGAUUAAUAUCAAGAAGGCACCGAGCAAAAAGGAGAUCGAGCUUAGGCUACUAGAGGAGGGUAAUGCCCGAAAUGCAGCACCUGCUCGCAGGUCUGUGGCGACAUGGAUAUCAAUGGGGUUGGCGAUUGAAGAGGCUCAAAUCGCAUUGCUCAUCGAGGUCCGAAGAAUUGGUAGAAGAACUACCGAGACACAGAAGUUAGACAUCGCCCGGCAACGCGAUCGUCUCCAAGGCCAGAUAGAUGGAUUCACUCGGUCUGCUAUUACGCAUCUCGGAGAGGGAUUUGAUGCAGAUGAUGAUCCUGAAGACUUGUACUUGGACAUUCUUGAUGAUCUCGAUGAUGACUUGGCAGACUUCACCGAGACAUCUGACACAUGGGCAAACUCCCCUGAGCUCACUGUAAUCCCAUUGCCAUCAAACCUCGGGGUAGAUCGAUGCAGACGCUGUAUGGCAGACGAUCUCAUUCCGCUGGAGAUGUCUCUUCGUGAAGGGCAGGCCAAUGACUCCCUUCACAACCUCCGAAUUCACUUGUGCAACAAGGCGAUUCUGUUUCGAACAACAGUUAGGCAAGCCAAAUCCCAGGCCCUGAAAACUCGAGCUUGGUCCCAGGUGACGUCGGUGCAGCAGGCAGUGUCCCUCCAUGCCAGUAUAUAUACGAAGACGAGGAAGCAAAUGAUGCAACUGGAGCCAGGGCAAGACCAGGUUCAGAAAUACAAACCCCUGCUUCGAGAGCAACUCAAAAUCAGCACUGCCGUCGGCGAUCCAAAUGCCCGAGGUCAGCGAAACGAGUCCCUCGCUUGGUUCUGGUCAGUCGAAGUCGACCUUGGGGGUCCCGAUCACUCGUGGAAUGAGGAAUUUUACCGAGUUCAUUGGCUCCGGGCAAAGGCACUACGGGAUCGAUGGAAGGAAGAAAUGAUGUUGGUCCAAUUGGAGAUGGAUUGGACAUGUAACUUUUUCUUGUGGAAAGCAACCCAAUGGGGUGACAGGAUGCAGCGAAUCAUUGGUGAAACACCUUCCGGGUCAUGCAUGCUACUCGGGAAGGCAAUCCCAAAUGUAUUCAUUGCUGGCACAGGAUGCCCAGGCAGCAUUUCAAGACCUGAAGACCGGCUUCAUAAUCCUGCAUUAACCAUGUCUGUAUUGCAUACUCCCCCAACAUCCCCUUCUAAUUCUCAGACUUCCGGCAAUGGGUUCCGACCCCUCACACUCACUCAGGCAGAUAUUGCAGCUACAAUGUCAAUGGCUGCAUCUCGCAUCCGAGCGUCCAUCUCUCAAUAUCAGAUGGAGGCUGCCCACACCCAGGAGCCAUCUGCUACUCGGAUCACGCACUUUAAAGCCGGGCUGCAAUGGGAGAUAGCUACUUUUGUGACUCCCAUCCUGCAGUACUCAGCUGCAAGGAACAUCAUUUCGGUUGUUCCGAGCCCGGUUGCUCAUAUUCUUCAGUUGAUUCCCGAGCUCACCUGGAACAUGGUUCCGGACCACAUCUUUUCAUCCCACCUAUGCCAGUUUCAAGACGUUGCAGAUCUGGGGGAUCCCUCCCGCAUUGUAUCCACCUAUGGUACUCCAUGGUGGACCGGAUCAACUGCCAUCCCGAACGAAUUAUGGCCAUGGGAUCAGGUAUUCGCUAAUUGUGUCUGUCACUACCAGCAUUGGCUAUCUGGCGUUGAGGACGAACGUCUUGUUGUUCCCGAGCAGGUGGAUGAAAGCUCGCUUGCAACGCUGAAGGCACUGAGGUGGAUGAGGGAACGCCUCCUGACAGUGAUUGAGGAUCAACAAGCUGGCAUCCGUGAAAAGAUGGCAGAGAUUCAGAUGUACACCGCCAUCCUAACCAAAUUGAACCCAAGGGGACCAGAGUAGUUCUAGUCCUUCAGUUCAGAAUGUUGAAGUCUAAAUUCUG